AUGAAGGAAGCAAUCAUUCGCGCCGGCCCCAAGGUCGAGAUUGUCGACUCGCCCGUUCCCAAGGCCGAGAAGGGUCAAGUUGUCAUCAAGGUUGUCUACUCUGGUAGCAACCCCAAGGACUGGAAGUAUCCCGACAUGACCAAGAAGGGCGAGUUGAACCAGGGCGACGACAUCUCCGGAACCAUCCACGAGGUUGGUGAGGGUGUCUCUGAGUUCAAGAAGGGAGACCGCGUCUUUGCUUUCCACCAAAUGCUUGCCCCUGGUGGCUCAUAUGCCGAAUACGCUGUUGCUUGGGCCCAUACCACCGCUUUCCUCCCCGAGAAUGCCUCUUUCCAGGAGGGUGCUGCUCUGCCUCUUGCAUCUCUUACAUCGGCCCUUGGCCUAUACUCUCGCCUGAGACUACCUCAGCCCUGGUUGCCCCGUAAGGAUGACGAGAAGCCCAUUCCCCUUGUUAUCUACGGAGCUUCCUCGUCCAUUGGCUACUACGCCACUCAGUUCGCAGUUCGCUCGAACAUUCACCCUAUUAUUGGUGUCGCUGGUCGCGCCAGAUCACACGUUGAGAAGCUUCUUGACCCCAGCAAGGGUGAUACCAUUGUCGACUACCGCGAUGGUAACGAGGCUGUCCAAAAGGGCAUCAAGGACGCACUCAAGGGUGCUGAGCUCUACCACUGCUUCGACGGUGUCUCAGAGAAGGGAUCAUACCAGAACGUUGCUGCUGUUAUGCCCGAUAACGGCCACAUUACUCUUGUCCUUCCCGGCAAGGACUUUUCUGACUGCCCUAAGCACGUCAAGCAGUCCAUCACUAUGGUCGGAGAUGUCCACAACGACCACAAGGACUUUGGCUCUGUCUUCUUCCGCUACAUCGCUAAGGGUGUCGAGGAGGGAUGGUUCAAGGCUCAGCCUCAGGAGGAGAUUGCUGGCGGUCUCAAUGGUGUUGAGGAGGGUCUCGCUAACUUGAAGUCUGGCAAGGCCAGUGCUGUCAAGUACGUCUUCAAGGUUGCCGACACCCCUGGAGCUGGCAAGGAUUAA